GCUGGGUCACUUGUCAAGUUGUCUUGAUCAGUUGAUGAAUUCAAAUAGGUACCUAAAUCAGCCAAGCUUGGAAAUGAGUGAUGAAACUAGUUGGAAGAUUGUGUAAUUCCUUUAUUUUAAGUCACUAUUGAGCAUAAUCUGGAACCUGAUCAGCAGUUUCCAAAAAUUGAGCUGUUGGCCCAAGACUGUUGUUUGCUGUGGAGCUGUUUUGACUGUAGCCUUUAUAGUUUGAGGUGCUCAAGGGAAGAGCAUAAUGCAGACCAUCAAAUGUGUUGUGGUGGGGGAUGGAGCUGUCGGUAAGACUUGUCUUCUCAUCUCCUACACCACCAAUAAAUUCCCUUCAGAGUAUGUGCCCACGGUGUUUGACAACUAUGCAGUUACAGUCAUGAUAGGAGGAGAGCCCUAUACACUGGGCCUUUUCGACACUGCUGGUCAGGAAGACUAUGACAGACUCCGACCAUUGAGUUAUCCUCAAACGGACGUUUUCUUGGUCUGCUUCUCAGUUGUGUCGCCUUCCUCUUUUGAAAACGUCAAGGAAAAGUGGGUGCCAGAGAUUAGUCAUCACUGCCAAAAAACACCCUUCUUGCUCGUGGGCACACAGAUUGACUUGCGCGACGAUGCCGCCACCAUUGAAAAGCUUGCAAAAAAUAAGCAGAAGCCCAUCUCGUACGAGCAGGGGGACAAGCUUUGCCGUGAACUGAAGGCGGUCAAGUAUGUGGAAUGUUCGGCCCUCACUCAGAAAGGACUGAAGAAUGUGUUCGAUGAGGCCAUCCUUGCUGCCUUGGAGCCUCCAGAGCCCCAAAGACGGAGACGGUGCGUCCUGCUGUAGAGCUCUUCUCAGCCCUCGUGCUGAGCCGACAACCUGCCCCCAGCGUCACGCGACCACCAUCACCACCACCCAUGCCGUACUCAUGGUUGCUUCUACCGUGCGCGUGACGCUAGAGCAAUCUCGCGUGCACGACUGUGGCCUUUUGCUUAGUGGUGCCAAGUAUUGCUUCUUGUGCCCUGCGGUCGGCCACUACCACGUCCGCCACUGCACUGUAGAUACAAAUUUCGCACUCAUCUCUUCUAUAAAACCCAUCCAUCCAAAUCCUAUCCUCACUUUGCCGUUGAACAGAAAACUACUUUUUAUAAUUUUUUUUUCUAUUAUAGAUAAUUUCAGCACAAUUAUCUUUGUUAUCACGACGUCAUGUAAAAUUUGUCUCUUGAUUCAGAAAAUGUGCACCUAGCUUGUCACAGCUCAUGCUUCAUGCGAUGGCCAAAAUAUGCUACGCUCUAUGUAAGGCUGCUUAAUCCGCAUUGGUCAUUUUAUUGAAAUACUAAAUUUACUCUACACUAUACUUUCAGGACAUUGGUAGAAAAAACGUGUCCAGUGCGGCAUGAACAAAUACCGGUCCUUUGUUGUAUAAGUAACUUCCAAUUUGAUAGCAUUACACGCUCUGAAGGAUAAGGCUUCAAUUGCGUUUCCUGACCUGAAUAAUUCGAGUCGUGAUUUCUUCUGAAGAUUACGUGCAUCAGUCUUAACUUUGUUGUAUCAAUUGUUUUAACGCUGUAGUUUAUUCAAACAAAUAUUCACUCUAUUAAGGAAGCCCAUAUCUAUUAUUUAUCACUAUGAUUGGUUGGUGCGCACAUGAUUGCUUUGCACCUUUAGGCCAGAAAUCGUUAUUGUCGAAUUUUACAUAAAGCUUCUACUAUAUAAACAAUGUGAAGUGUGUUUAGUCGUAAGUUUGAUGCCGCGGCCUGCGAGGCGGUUUAGAUAUAACCUGAUGGGCUCGUGAACAUCAUUGGCCCAAAUGUUGAGGGUACUGGGCUGUCUCCACGAAAAUGACCUUUACUAUCAGUAGGUAGUGUGUAAGUUAAUCUCUAAGAUGACAUUUUUACUGCAAAAGUCGCUUUAUCUUCAAAACCUAUGAAAUGUCACUGCAUAGACCAUAGAGCCUCACCUGUCUUAGGUGUGUCUAACCACAUUUACAAAGGAGGCUAAGGUUAACUGUUGCUGCCGCAGAUGGUAGUAACUGAAGAAGUAACCCUUGGUAAACUACCCUUCCCAACACAUACCAAGGACGAUAUUACAUCGUCCUGAUGUCUUUGUGUAAUUAGAUUGCAAGCAAAUCGAAAUCUUUGCAAAGAUUGGAGAUAUUGCCCUGUAUAAGAAAAUUCAUUAAUAUA